AUGGCUGCCGGGUCGCCUCGCCCCGUCUCGGUCCUGGAGACGCCGUCCUGCAGCGACUCCUGUGACACGCCUUGCUCUCCCACUUCCUCCAUGGAGUGGGACACUCAGGUGGUGAAAGGCUCCUCUCCUCUCGGGUCCCCCCGCUCCGGGGUGGCGGCAUCACCUGUCGACCCGCGGCUGCCGGCGUGGUUGGAGCCGGAGAGAUGUGCGGUGUUCCAUUGCGCGGGUUGCCACGCGGUGCUCGCCGACACCGUGCACCUCGCCUGGGACCUGUCGAGGUCCCUUGGGGCUGUGGCCUUCUCCAGAGUCACAAACAAUGUCGUUUUGUUAGAGCCCUUUCUGGUUGGCAUUGAAGGUUUUCUCAAAUGCAGCACAUACAACCUGUUAUUCUGCGAUUCCUGUGGGACUCCUGUUGGUUUCCAUCUGUACUCCACCCAUGCUGCCCUGGCUGCCUUGAGAGGCUACUUCUGCCUCUCCUGUGACAAAAUGGUGUGCUAUCUCUUAAAAACAAAGACCAUAGUAAAUGCAUCUGAAAUGGAUAUUCAUUAUGUACCUCUACCAGAAAAGAUUGCAGAGCUGAAAGAGAAGAUAAUGCUAACGCAUACUCGGUUAAAUUCACUGAUGAAGACUCUGAAGGAAAUGACCCCUGAUCAAUCUAACCACAAAAACUGAAGAAACAAG